CGCGGACUCUAUGCUGGAACAUUGCCGGCUGUUGCUGCUAACGUUGCCGAAAACUCAGUCCUCUUCGCUGCCUACGGGACUCUGCAGAAGCUUGCUGUGAACCUCACUGGUGUCCCUUCCGUCAAAGAAUUGCCCAACCUUGCCAGUGCGUUAUGCGGAUCAGCUGCAGCGUUUUUUUGUUCAUUCACUUUGUGUCCCACGGAGCUGAUCAAGUGCAAGUUACAAGCUUUGAGGGAAACUGGCGCAAUGAACUCAUGCAUCGUCAGUGGAAAAUCGUCUGCUCGUUCGUCUCGAAGUGUGCACUUCUGUUGUGUUCUGUUGCGAAAUUUCUGA